CCCAUCAUGGCGGGGAAGCCCAAGCUCCACUAUUUCAAUGGCCGGGGCAGAAUGGAGUGCAUCCGGUGGCUGCUGGCUGCGGCUGGAGUGGAGUUUGAAGAAAAAUUUAUAAAAUCUCCAGAAGACCUGCAAAAGUUAAAAAGUGAUGGGAGUUUGUUGUUCCAGCAAGUGCCAAUGGUUGAAAUUGAUGGGAUGAAGCUGGUCCAGACCAGAGCUAUUCUCAACUACAUUGCCUCCAAGUACAACCUCUAUGGGAAAGACAUAAAGGAGAGAGCCCUGAUUGAUAUGUAUGGUGAAGGUGUGGCCGAUUUGAGUGAGAUGAUCAUGGUGAUGCCGCUGUGUCCACCUGAUCAAAAAGAUGCCAAGAUGGCCCUGAUCAAAGAGAGAACAACAAAUCGCUAUCUGCCUGCCUUUGAGAAGGUGUUGAAAAGCCACGGACAAGACUAUCUGGUCGGCAAUGCACUGAGCAGGGUUGACAUUCAUCUGGUUGAACUUCUCUACUACGUGGAAGAAAUUGACCCCAGUCUUCUGGACAACUUUCCUCUGCUGAAGGCCCUGAAAGCCAGAGUCAGCAGCCUCCCGAAUGUGAAGAAGUUUCUGCAGCCUGGCAGUCAGAGGAAGCCUCCCGUAGAUGCGAAAGCUUUAGAAGAAGCAAAGAGGAUUUUCAACAUCCAAUAAAGCAGGCAUAGUCACCUAGCACAUUGAGGACCAAUCUUCUGAAGAUUUCUAGUAAUGCAGAAGUGAUUUGCAUACUGUAGUUCCUGCCCAGUGUGAGAUGAAUAAAGUAUUCCAAUGUUUUAGUGACAAAUAAUAAACU